AUGCCGCUCUCCCGCAGGUCAGGCCGCGUCAAGAGCUCCCGGACGAAGUACACCGUGGACCCAUUCGCGUCAGCUGGUAUCAGUGAUGACUCCGACUCUGAAAAAGUGGCAAAAACCCCCAAGGGAAAGGCGAGGCGACGGGCAGAAGAUUCAGCCUCUGAUGAAGAAUUUGUCGCGCCGGGCUCCGAUGAAGAGAUGAAUGAUGGGCCGGAUGACGGUGAUGACGAUGUCUCUGAAGCGGACGAAGAAGCUGGCGACGCUGAAAUGGAAGUCGAGGAAGAUGUGGCUACUCCAAAACGCAAAGAGGCCGUAGCACGCCCUCGUUUCAAAAGGCGGUUUCCCAACAGCCAGGUUGCCCCUUCGCCGGAUGACACUCAUUUCCGAGGCAUCAUGGAUCCCAAGGACCAUGUGGCCAAGCCCAUACAUUAUGCCUUGACUUUUGGCGACGAUGACAGGGAUUUACUGUCGGCGAUCUACAUGCGGGACCGAUGGUUCCGAGGUAUCGAUGCUUGCUUGCCUACUCGUUUCGCUCUGGAACAGUCGGAAGAGCCAGACUAUGGAUGUGGCCCUACAAUGGGUCUUGAUCCAGAGGAUUUUGAAAGAGAACGAACGAGGGGAUGGGACUGGUACUACGACAAGGACAUGGGAAAGAGUUUCCAAAAGAAACAAAGUCUUACCAAACUCAAGGCGGCAGAUGCACACCGGAAUUACUUCCCAGAACCAAAGAACGGGAAGCAUACCAUCCUCAUGGGCCCACCGAAUCAACAAACAACAGUCAAUCUUGGUUACCACGAAUCUUUCAAUUACGGCAAGAUCUGGAAAGAUAUCAAGGGCAGGAAGAGUGAUCAAUCCACACAAAUGCAGGUCCGAGAAGGCUGGCUGAUCAACUUCGGACAAAAGGUUCAAUGCAUGGCAUGGGCCCCCAAUCAGGAUGGCCUCUCACAAUACAUGGCUGUGGUUGUCCCUAUUUCCGACGAACAAAAGAAGAUAUACCAUCCUGCAGGCAGUGAGCCUCUAUCGGUCUUCCAUACCUCGCCACCCUACCCUUGUACUCUACAGCUGUGGGAAUUCAAGGGUAAAAAGACGGGUGAGCGAACCAAUACUCUCGACAUGGAUUUCGAGCCUCGACUUCGGCUGGCUUUGUGUUCCGACUGGGGAGAUUUGCGCCGCAUGGCAUGGUGUCCAAUGGGCCGGGAAAAGCGAAGCGAGGACGAAAAAGGCGACACCGAGCAUCUCGGGCUACUUGCUGGAAUCUGGAGCGAUGGAACUAUGAGAGUAUUGGAUAUAAGGAUUCACCGGAAAUCUGAAAAGGCAGAAUUCUUGAAAAUCAACUCGCCAGUCUUCGAGGCGAGACCACCCUCAACUCUCUGCUCAUGUCUGACAUGGCUUUCUCCCAGCGACAUUGCAACUCUGGUCUAUGCUCGACCCUCAGGGAGAAAACACUUCCACGCCCCGCAUGCGAAUCGCUUCCCCUCAUCUCAGCUACUCACCGACCCUCUUUUCCGUCUUCUCCACGGACGAGAACAACUUCGGACGGAUGAUGCCGAUCCGUCGAUUCUUUGCCUCCACCACGGUCGGGAGAGUCCCCAGUACCGUAUCCUGUCUCGCACCGUGCAGUUUUUGGCACCCCUGUCUCCUGUACGGCGGAUCGGGGGGGAGGUAAUGGCCACCAACCCAUUUCGCCGACUCCUCUACAAUAAAGAACAGCAAUGGCAGCAGCUGUGGUUUACACACGAUUGGGCUCAGGGGCCAGAUCCAGCCAGCUCUGGCGUCAGCCGGUUCUAUGAAGGAUACCAGGCGGAAAGCCAAAGUCUGGCCCGAAACCUGGUGGGAGAGAAAAAAGCUGCCCAGGGUCUCAGUCUCACCACGAUCCAUGACGAAAGCACUCACGUCACAUCGCUGGGGUGGAACCCCAGUCGGCCGUGUUCAGCGUGGGCCAGCGCAGCGCUGGGUUGCGGCCUGGUGCGAGUGGAGGAUCUUGCCAUCUAG